AUGAAGGCCAACGUAUGGAAAUCCAUUACGGAUAAAGUCAAUGCCAUCGGCGUUGCCAGGAGGAUGACCGGUGAAAUCAAAGAUAAGUGGCGAACGAUGGUCUCUGCAGCGAAAAAAGAUUACAGUCGCACAAAGCAACAACAAAAGCAAACCGGAGGCGGAAGUGCACCGGCACCAGUCAAGGAAACGUCUCGGCGAAUCAUCGAGCUCUUUGAAGACGAGCCCAGCUUUUCCAGUAUAACGGGGGGCAUUGAAUCCGGUAGGUUGCGUAAUUUUGCCUAAAUAAAUAUUUCAGCAUAUUUAUCACUGAAAUCAUAGGCAUAGCUGAAAAGUAAACGGCAGACGUUACAGAACAUGUCGAAAAUAGUCUAAAAACAACCAAGUUUGUCCAAGUGACCAAGUGGAAAUGGAUGUAUGAGGCUGUCGUGUGUUUCAAUGUAAAAUAGACUGCCGAGCUACUGGGUAUAUCUAAACUAAACCGGACACUAUAUAAACGUUUGACUCGAGGACAGUAUUGUUUCAGAUAAGUUAUAACUCAUAUUUUAUAGUCAAUAUUUGUAGUUUAAUAAAUACAUAGUUCAUGAUAUGUACCAUUGUUGUUAUUGUCAAGCAAGUUUGUUUCAUGUUUGAGUGUGUUUUCUAUAGGAUUCUACUUCAUCAGUUCAUGUACAUUAAUUUAUCUAGUAAAUUGAUUUUUUCAGGAAAUGAUAAGCAGCUUAUUACUACUGUGACUGACACAACUGAACUCAUCAAUCCUGACAACCUUUUCAAUGACUCAUUUUUAAACCAACCAUCAUUACGAGAAUUGAUUGAAAGUGAGCCCUCAGAAGGAGAUGAUCCACCACCAAUGAGCCCUACCAUCCCUAUCUCAACAAUCGAUAUUGAGUUCAUUGCUUUACCCCCAAGUAUGAGUGCCGAGAACAAAUCUUCCAACCAAACACUUCCCACUACUCGCCAUAUCAAAAAAAGGAAAGUAACAGCACAAGACCUGCAGAGAAUGCAGAUGGAAAUCUUGGAAUUAGAGAGGGAGAAGAUUUCUGUGGAAUUAGAGAAUGCAAAACUCAUUAAAAAAAAACUAAAACUGGAAGUUAAAGAAGCAGAAGAGGCAGCAUUUUAA